AUGUUCAUUCUCAUAAGUAAUUUUUCCCAUUCCCAGAUUUGCCAGGCUGUACUUAAAGACUUACAAAAAUGCGCCAUUGAAAAACGAUUAGUCUCUUUCGAGGUACCCCAGAAAGUCUAUUUGGAUGCAGAUAUCUGGACUCCGGAAACAGGUUUGGUCACUGAUGCUCUCAAGUUGAAGCGGAUCAAUCUUCAGCAGCGAUUCCAGUCGGAAAUUGAUCGAAUGUAUAAUCGUGGCUCUCUGCGUGACUUAUUCGGCUAUACUUGCGCCUCGCUAUACUUUCCUAACUUGCGCCUCAUUGUACACUGCAUUCAUGAUUGGAUGGAGCCACUUAGAGACGACAUAUGUGGACUGGUGCAGGCAUAUGAGUAUAAAUAA